AUGAGACGGGGCCAGUCAAAACUCGCGGGAUUCGAGUUGCAGGUUAGGUACUUGUCCGACUUGCGCGUUGCCGGUCUGGUGAUAUCCCCUACCUCCUACCUCUUACCUCCUACCUCCUACAUCCUACCUCCGACCUCCGACCUCCGUCACAGAAGAGGCGAGGCGAGACGAGGUAUACAAUAUGGACAAAAUGAACAUAAUAAUAAUAAUAAUCAUAAUGAACCCCACUCGCCUCCACUGCGACCAUGGACUGACAUUCCUCUGUGCCGUGGAUGGAUGGACGUUGCCCGUUGCAGGUUCAAGCGCGCUUUCUCCCGUGCACCGACCGAGCUGGAGCCAGCGAAACUCACUAAACUUCCUCUCCCCUUGUCCUUGGGAGACGCUUUCGCUCAUUUGUUUCUUCGCUCUCUCGCGCUCACUCACUUUCUCACUACUCUUCCAUCUCCGACUUCACCCAUCUCUCAUCCUCCUCCUCCUCCGCCUCCGACCUCCCUCUCGCCCGCCCUCCCUCCCAACCCUCCACAUCACACUGCCGGCCACAGUGUGCGUGUGUGUGUCCUCGCCUCGACAAUCCCCUCUUCUCUCGUCUGUCCAGCAGUGUGUCUGUUCGUCGGCACGCCCACUUCUGCGACCGCUGUUGCGCUGCGACUCCGCCACGUCGACGCCCUCACGCCAGCGUUACGAGCGCACACGACCACUACACGCAUCUCAGUCUCUGCCGUCGCUGCUGGACUGAGAUUACUGUGGACACGUCAGAUCGGAUACGGCUCGGCUCUGAACUCGCGCAUUCCAUCGACCGGCUUCCGCGAUUGCUUCACUGCGCCCAUUCACCUACGCUUCACUCUUUCACCACGACAACAGGACUGA